GUGACUGUGGCACGGGGGGGCGGCGGCGCUAGCGGCGAAGGUAGCUCGUCGUCCUGCUCCUGUCUCCGGGGAAGUGCUGCCUGCCGGCGAGGGAAAGCGAAGAUGGAUCCCAACAGGAUCAUCCAGGCUCUGAAGGGCACUAUAGAUCCCAAACUGCGCAUCGCAGCCGAGAACGAGCUCAAUCAGUCCUAUAAGAUCAUCAAUUUUGCUCCAAGUCUACUGCAAAUCAUAGUAUCAGAUCAAGUUGAAUUUCCAGUGCGUCAAGCAGCUGCCAUUUACCUGAAGAACAUGGUGACACAGUACUGGCCAGACCGUGAACCACCUCCUGGAGAAGCAGUAUUCCCGUUCAACAUCCAUGAAAAUGAUCGUCAGCAGAUCCGUGAUAACAUCAUAGAAGGAAUCAUUCGUUCUCCUGACCUAGUGAGAGCCCAGCUGACAAUGUGCCUCCGUGCUAUCAUUAAACAUGACUUUCCUGGCCAUUGGACAGCCGUGGUGGACAAGAUAGGCUACUACUUGCAGUCUCAAAACAGUGGGAGUUGGCUUGGAAGCCUCCUGUGCCUGUAUCAGCUGGUGAAGACUUAUGAAUACAAAAAAGCAGAGGAGCGAGAUCCUCUCAUAGCAGCAAUGCAAAUAUUUUUGCCUCGGAUUCAGCAGCAGAUGAUCCAGCUUCUGCCUGAUAACUCCCAUUACUCUGUUCUGCUUCAGAAACAGAUCUUAAAAAUCUUCUAUGCUCUUGUUCAGUAUGUGUUACCGCUCCAGUUGGUGAAUAACCAGACUAUGACUCAGUGGAUGGAGAUCUUCCGUACUAUCAUUGAUAGAAAUGUACCUCCAGAGACUUUGCAAAUUGAUGAAGAUGAUAGACCAGAGCUGGUAUGGUGGAAGUGCAAGAAGUGGGCACUGCAUAUUGUAGCUCGUCUUUUUGAACGGUAUGGAAGCCCUGGGAAUGUAACUAAGGAAUAUUUUGAAUUCUCAGCUUUUUUUUUGAAAACCUAUGCUGUGGGCAUACAACAGGUCCUCUUAAGAAUUUUAGACCAAUACAGGCAAAAAGACUAUGUUGCACCACGUGUUCUUCAGCAAACGUUAAAUUACCUGAACCAAGGGGUUAUUCACUCUGUAACGUGGAAGCAAAUGAAACCACACAUACAGAGUAUAACAGAAGAAGUGAUAUUCUCUUUAAUGUGCUACAAAGAUGAGGAUGAAGAGCUCUGGCAAGAAGAUCCCUAUGAAUAUAUACGGAUGAAAUUUGAUGUAUUUGAGGAUUAUGCAUCCACGACAACAGCAGCACAGAAUCUUCUUUAUACUGCAGCGAAGAAGAGGAAAGAGGUAUUACCAAAAAUGAUGACAUACUGUUACCAGAUUCUGACAGAGCCAAAUGUUGAUCCAAGGAAAAAAGAUGGAGCUUUGCAUGUUAUAGGCUCCCUAGCAGAUAUUUUACUGAGGAAGAGUGUCUUCAAGGAUCAAAUGGAGCUGAUGUUACAGAAUCAUGUGUUCCCGUUGUUCAUGUCUAACUUGGGGUACCUCAGAGCUAGAUCCUGUUGGGUACUUCAUUCAUUCAGUGCUUUGAAAUUUCACAACGAGCUGAACUUGAAGAAUGCAGUAGAGUUGGCAAAGAAGAGCUUGAUAGAUGAUAAAGAAAUGCCUGUCAAAGUAGAAGCAGCCAUAGCUCUUCAGACAUUAAUAAGCAACCAAGAGCAAGCCAAGGAGUAUGUGAAGCCUUAUGUAAGGCCAGUUAUGCAAGAGCUCUUGCACAUUGUUAGAGAGACAGAAAAUGAUGAUCUUACUAAUGUAAUCCAGAAGAUGAUCUGUGAGUACAGCCAGGAAGUGGCUACUAUCGCCGUUGACAUGACUCAACACCUGGCUGAAAUAUUUGGUAAAGUACUUCAUAGUGAGGAAUAUGAGGAAGUAGAGGACAAAACAGUUAUGGCCAUGGGCAUCUUGCACACAAUUGACACCAUCCUGACAGUUGUGGAAGAUCACAAGGAGAUAACUCAACAGCUCGAGAGCAUUUGUUUACAGAUCAUUGGCCUUGUUUUGCAGAAACAUGUUAUAGAGUUUUAUGAAGAAAUUCUUUCCUUGGCCUACAGCUUGACAUGCCAGAUGAUUUCACCUCAAAUGUGGCAGCUUUUAGGUAUUCUAUAUGAGGUUUUCCAGCAGGAUUGCUUUGAGUACUUUGCAGAUAUGAUGCCUCUCUUGCAUAAUUAUGUGACUAUUGACACUGAUACUUUACUCUCUAACCCAAAGCAUUUAGAAAUCAUUUAUGCUAUGUGUAAAAAGGUAUUAACAGGAGAUGCAGGAGAAGAUGCAGAGUGCCAUGCAGCCAAGCUUCUGGAAGUAAUUAUUCUUCAAUGCAAAGGACGGGGUAUUGACCAGUGCAUUCCACUCUUUGUGGAGGCUGUUCUGGAGCGGUUAACCAGAGGAGUUAAAACAAGCGAGCUUCGUACCAUGUGUCUUCAGGUUGCCAUAGCUGCACUUUACUACAAUCCUGAUCUACUUCUGCACACCUUAGAGAACAUCAGAUUUCCACACAAUCCUGAGCCCAUCACUGCACAAUUCAUAAACCAGUGGAUGAAUGACACAGACUGUUUUCUUGGACUCCAUGACAGAAAGAUGUGUAUAAUAGGACUGAGCAUUCUGAUGGAAUUGCAGAAUCGACCACCUGCGGUGGAUGCUGUGGCUGCCCAGAUUGUCCCUUCAAUCCUCCUCCUCUUCCUGGGCUUAAAACAAGUUUGCGCCUCACGAGAGCUCACAGAACAUGAGGAUCAUGCUAAAGAUGAGAAGCACGUUGCAGAAGAUAAUGAAGAAAUAUCAAGUGAUGAGGAGGAAACAAAUGAAGUGAGCCAGGUGAUGCAAGAGAACCAUGGUGGAGGAGGAGGCGGUGGUGGAGGUGGAGAGGAAGAAGAAGAUGACGAUGAUGAUGAUGACUGGGAUGAAGAUGCAUUGGAAGAAACUGCUCUUGAAGGGUUCAGCACACCUCUUGACCUUGAAAAUGGUGUUGAUGAAUACCAGUUUUUUACACAAGCACUUCUGGCGGUACAGAGCCGAGAUGCAGCCUGGUACCAUUCACUGACAGCACCCUUGAGUGAGGAUCAGAAGAAACAGCUGCAGGAAAUCUAUACAUUAGCAGAACACAGGCGAAAUGCAGCAGAGACUAAGACAAGAGAACAACAAAGUGAGUACACAUUUGACAACAAAGGACUGAUAACAGCGUUUAACUUUGCUGGAAAUACUCCUGGUGGCAACUGAAGGAUCAGCAGCAAAGGCCAAUGGGAAAGGUCUCAUUACAUUUUCUUGAAAUCACCGUCUGAGUGUCAGGGGAGGGUAACUUAAUGCUGCUGAAGAUUCUCCAGAAAAUAGCAGUGUGCUUCCCCCACCAGAAUGCUCUUUCUAACCAGCUACUGUAAUGUACAAAUCCUUGUGGUGUUUUUAUGGUUUGAUGGAUUGAAAGGAAACCUUUGUCCUCGAGGAACUUGACUGACUGGGAGGGGCCAGGCUGCACCUGAUUGAGUUGCGCUUCUCAGGUUUUUACUGUGCAGAAUUGAUAGAUCCAUAUGGAUAACAGUGCCUUCUGUUGUACAUGGAUUGCCUGAACAAAAAGAUUUUGGAGUGCAUUAUAAUUUUUUAAGUGUAAGGACAUUUCUUGAUACACUGUAAGCCUUGGUUCCAUGUUUUCCACUCACCUGCUUUUUGCUACUUGGUUUAAUUGUUUGUUGCUUGUGUACACAUCGCUGGAUUCAGAAUGUUCUCUCAUUGUCCCUAUUUGGUGCAGACCAAAUGUGUAAAGGGAGGUGUCUGUUGGAGUUGCAAGGCAUACACUGGUUACAUCAAAGGGUCUUAAGAAAAUUGCAAGUUUUCCCUUAAUGGAAUGGUCUUAAAUUACUUCUCUCAGCCAUGAAAUUGACUUGCUUGAUCUAUGAUGGUAUGCAUGGCAGUGGCUACCCUAAAUCUGCAUUGAUAUUGCCUCCUGCCUGAACAAAUGAGGUGUCCCUCACAUGUAGAUGUUCUACAUGACAGCUUUUUAUUUCCACUGUUUUUGAUGAAUAUUGGAUUUUACUUGGGAUUCUAUAAAUCUCUUCUUUUUUGGUGGUUUUAUUAAUUUUGUGAUUUUAUUCAUCCAUUACCAUUCCAGUGGUAGUACUGAAUAAUGUGGCACAAAAUGUGUACAAUAUUUUCUUUAUCUGUAUGGAGUUAAAACAAGUCCAUACAUUUCUUCUUACUCUUCCACUUCUGUGAUUGAACUUCUGGCCUAUAUUCCAUUUGGCUGUUCUUGCCCCACACUGGAAUUUCAUUAUCUGCCAGAUAUUUUCCUAAACUUUGAAGACUGGUUUCUCAUAAAUUGAAACACUUAUAACAAGGUGUUUGUGAAUAUGUUCAUUUAUUGAGAAACUGUUAGCAGUACUAUGAAUAGAUGCCCCUUCCUUUAGAUCUAUUGGGAUCACAGGGAUGUAUCCAAAAUAAGUUAAGGGUGCUUUAGAAUGUGAAGUUUGGAUUGGAGAUAAAACGUUUAGACCAGAUUUUGUCUCUGUGUUGAUUUCUGUAUGAGUUGAAAGUAUUUGCCAUGCAAUUUUAACCAUGUUUCUUUUAGAGCAAUGCCCCACCUGAGAAGUGGAAGCACUUCCCAUAACACAUCAAAUUCUCAACUGCUGUAGCAAGUUACAGGUUGCUGGCACUGCACUCUGCUGGAGCUUUUGGGUUUUGUAUCUUAGAGUAAUUGAUCAAUCUGAUAAAUCUGAAGUGCUGUAUGCCUUGGCUUCUGGAAAAGACUGAAGUGUCCCUGCCUUUUCUUGUCCUAGCCCCUGGAAUUUUCUCAGCCUGGCAGUGAUGGGACAAAAGGGUUUUCCACUGCCUUGCUUUUUCCUGCACCUUUUUGUCAGGCUUGCUCUGGUGUUGGUCUCCGAUGCUGCUUGUCUUCACCCACAGCAGCUGCAGAGUGAAGUUGGCCUGGUUAGUGUAGUAUUUUCACUGCUGCUACUCAAUAGAAACAGUAAAACAUUCUCACUUUUAGGUCUGUGUAAAUGCAGACCCUGAAAUUCUCUUUUCCAUAUUUCCAAAAGGGAACAAUACACUGAGUUGCAUUGUACAGGCUCUUUUCUGAAUGUCAGGCCAUGAAAAUGUUAGAUUACUUUUGCUUCUUUAGGCCUGGGGGUAUAUUGAGUGAGACAGCAGGAAGGCUUUGCAUCCAUCAGAUAUGUUUCUUAGGAAUCACAGAAGUUUUGAAAUCCUUCACAGAUUUAAGAAAUGCAUUUUUUGAAGUUGAGGACAUGGAUGACUUCUCUCUUACCUGACAAUUCAAGUUGAGUGUUAGGCAGGUAAACGGUUUAAGUCCUUCAUUACUUUAUUUUUAAGAAUGCAGUUGCUGAGUUGGGUUUCUUUCAAAGUCCGUUUGCCCUCUCUACACUGGCAUGCAGAGUAGAAGAGGGGUUUGCCUUUAUUCCACUAAAUGAGGUUGCUUGCACAGUAACAAGCUCAUAGUUAGGAGUGAAGUAUGUUCAAGGAAGAGUCUGCUUUCGUGUAGCACUGUAUUUGUGUCACUCGGCUGAACUGUGGUUGCUCCCUACUUCUGCUGCUUGUAUAUUUUUCAAAUCAACUGCCAAAAAAAAAUCUGCCAGUUGUUUCUUACAAGAGGUUUAAUCAGCAGCAUGGAGUCAGGGAUCUUUUGUCAUCUACUUUGCAGUAGGAUCAGAAAUGUCUGAGGGGACGACAUGCAAAAAGGUUAACUGCCCUUCCCCUUCCAGGAGAUUCAUGAGCAAAUGAAAAAUCAAAUAUUAAUUAUUCCUUUUUAUUGAAAAGGGUUUUCAUCCAAAAAGAUUUAUUGUGCCCUAGCCUCCCACAGUUCUCUUGUACUUUAUAAACAUACAGUUGUACAUGAUCAUAAAUAGCUGAUUUGAUUUUAGAGGUUUCUUUCUGAGCUGUGUCCAGCUUUGUACUACAUUAAAGGGAGAGUAACACAAAUGUGCAUUACUGUCUCACUCUGGAGCCAAGGUAGUCAUGGACUAUCAGAUACCAGCAUGGGCCUGCCAAGCAUGCUGUAUUUGGAAGUGCAGAGAAUCAGAAAUGUAUUGUACAAUAAAACAAAGGCUGAUAACCAGUGACCUAUGUUGCUCCAUGUCUGUGUUUCCAAAGUUUGAAGGCGACUCAUAUGGGCACAGUGGGAGCUUUACCUAGGAAAUUAGCAUGAUGUAGGGGUUGAUCACAGCAAAUGUUAACCUACAGGAUAGAUGAUCAUAGCAAAUGUUAACCUACAGGAUAAGCUGCUUUUUCCAAUAGAAUUAACUGAUCCUGGCUAUUGAAUAGUAUAUGGUCUUUUGUCACCCUGGACAGCAAAAUAACAACCACCACACGCUUAGGUUGCUUCUUUUUGCUCUUUGCCUUUCAAAGCUGAAGUAGUUGGUUUGUUUUCAUUACAAAGCAAACUCAAAAUGGUCAGCUCCAGGAAGGGGGGAACUGAAGAAAAAUCUUUUAAAAAACAACCAAACUCCAUCAGUCCCCCAAAACACAGGCAGGGUUUGGUUGAAGUAGAUGUGCUUUGGGAGUGUAACUCAAAACAUGCAAAGAAUCUUGCAUAAAAUAGUAUUGGGAGGUUCUUUGCUUUAGCAGGAAAGGAUGCCUGUAGGCUGUCAGGGAGUCCUGGCUUGUCUGCUGUAGGAGAUGCCCAUAGCCUGUUAGGUCUGGACAAUUUGUGACUCUGGAAUCCAUCAUAUGAUGUAGAGGAGACAAGGUAGGCCAGUAGAGGAGUUUCUUUUUUUUUACUACGAAGUAAGAGUUUGUCUCGAGACACUUGUGAGCUAAAGGACUUGCAGACAGCAUGAAUAAUUAACUGCCUUUAGUUUCUGGAAUACUUUGCAGCCUUUUUUCUUCCCUCCUUUCCUUCAUUUGCCAACCACUAUGUUGCCACAUAUCUCAGGGGAUAUUCAAAAUACCUGAAAAGGUAAAGCUUAAACAAUCUUUUCAAAUUCCUAUUCUUGAAGCAAUGUAACUUACCCAAUGCAUUUCUGUCUAUAGAGCAAAGUCUCUCAUUUGACAUAAGCAUAUGAUACAGAACUACAAAAACUCCUCACUUGUGCCUGCAGUUUGAGCCUUUCUGUUGUGCACUUCUUUUUAUGGGUACUUUGUACUGAAAUUUGCUCAAAGGGUGGGCAAAAAUGGAGUACCCAGUCCUGGUUCUGAGAUGUGCCCUAGUCAAUCUUUUGAUAUGUUUGACAGUCUGGCAGUCAGUUCCUCAAGGAUCUCUAUCUCUGACUGAGGACAUUCUUCAAGAGACUAUCCUUGCAGGUGGACAGAAAACCAUACUUCCUUCAUCACAGCAAAGCAUACAGCAGCAACAGCUAUACAUUUCACCUUAUGAGUGAAAAUAGCACUCUUUUCUCUCAGAUGUCAAGUACUUGAGUUAAGGGCAAGAAACCUGAAAAUUAAAAGAUGCCUGAGGCUAAUAUUAAAAUGGCAUUUGAAGAAAACACUCACUUUUGGUAUAUUAAUGCUUGAUGUGGAGGACUGUUCAAUUUUCACAGGACCUUUGCCAUUGAAGGUCUUUAUCCAAGAAUUGUUCCUCACUUUCAGGUAUUUUCAGUGUUUGUUAGUAAAGUUGCACAUACUUUCACUACUUUCCAUGCACAAGUCUUGGAACUGAACUUGACAAAAGGAAGAAGAACAGAGUUUUGAGAAAAGAAGACUAUCCAUUAGCAGGUUAUUGUUAGAAAACAGAGCAACUUUGGUCUCUGAAGAAAAUAUGCAACAGUAUUUAUACUAAAGUGCAUGUGCUAAAGAAGUUAAUCUAAAGCAAUUCUUUGAUCACAGCUGUAGCAUUUUUACAUUGCCAAACAAUGUGUGAUGACUGCUUUUGAUUGCAUGUGCUGUUGAUAGUAUGCUCAACGUAAAUCACCUGCAGUGUUUUAGGGCUCAAAAGGAGACCAAAGCGACCAUGCAGAUUUCUUUUGGUAUGAAAAGCAAAGAUAUGAGCACGUGCCUGCAGUGACUCGAGGAAGAUACCUACAUGCUACAUUAACAGAUUGAAUUGCAGGAUCCAAUGCCUUUGUAAGAAGCCUGAAAUAUUAAAUUGUGGGCUGGUUUUGAGGGUAGGAAUUGACAAAUGCAACACAUGCAUCAGUGACAAGAAGAACCUCUUCUGUACAGUGUUCUCUUAAGCUGUGCUGAAUUUGCUUCAAAAAUAGUAAUAAAUCUUACUGCUUAGGUCAAA